AUGCUCGGUCUCUUAUCAUCCCUAUCAACAACUACGACAUCGAGCGAGAUCGGAGACUUCCUGGACCAGGUCUACAGCCACUCCAACUUCCCAUCCCAGUCGCAGCCGCCGAGCACGACCGAGCCAAUCGAUCUACUAGCCUGUCCAGGUUGUAAUCAACGCCCCUUCGUCACCUUGACUUAUGCCCAAUCUAUCGAUGGAAAGAUCGCCGGCGCAGAUGGACAACAGUUGAGAUUGAGCGGGAACCAGUCGAUGAAGAUGACCCAUCUUUUGCGCGCCCGACACGAUGGAAUAAUGGUUGGAAUCGGCACCGUGCUGAACGAUGAUCCACAACUAAAUGUCCGCAACAUUUCUAUCACCGUCCCAUUGGCCAAUCAACCACAACCGAUCGUCUUAGACACCGCUCUACGGACUCCAGCGGAUUGUAAAUUGAUCAAGAAUUACCAAAAUCAAACCGGGAAACAACCCUGGCUGAUAUGCGCCAGAAGCGCAAUGUCCUUGCAGAAACGUCAAGAAUUGGAAGCCGCUGGUGCUCGGGUCAUCCCAAUCACUAACGGAAUGAAUGCAUCAAAAGAAGGAUUAGAUCUAGAGAAAGUUUUAGAAGUAUGUAAAUUGAAUGGGAUCAAUCGAUUGAUGAUCGAAGGAGGAGCUGCGAUAAUCUCUUCGAUCCUCAACCAAGUCUCGGACAAUCCGAUCCUCAAUAUCUUGAUCGUCACUGUUUCUCCUUACAUGGUCGGAGAAGGAAUCACCAUCAAAAGCUCCAACAUUGACUCUCUUUCAUUGCUUCGUCAUCUAGAAACAAAGAUCCUAGGCUUGGAUGCUGUAUUUGCAUAUACUACCAGCUCAGCAACCGAUGAAUAA